UCGAUUCAGCCUCAAUAUUCUUUACCUGGAACUGCCAACAAAUAUUUGAAUAUGCAAAUUGAUCAAAUCAAUUAAACAUCUGGUUAACAUAUACCAAGAAGUAUGAGUCUCACUGUGAUUCAUGGUUUUUGUACAGGGAGCCCAUGCAAUGACUUGAAUAAUGAGGUUGCCAUCUUGCCAGCUGAACCUGGCGGACUCCUCUUCCAGGUUCAUCCCGAGACACAGCCACCAGCAGUAGCCCCCUCUCCACCACUGGAAAUUGCAGAUGUUGUCGACCCACCAUUGCCUGCAGUGGCAAAUGUGUCCUCACCCAGUUCUCCAUAUACAACGGAACCUAUAUCCAGCAGCACAGCAAAAGCAGCGAACAUUGGCCUUUCUCUAACAGCAAUCGUGGUGAUUAGUAGCCUCCUAUGUGUGAUGAUGGUGACAUUUGUUGCCAAAGUAAAAGACUUGUAAAAACUUAUAACUUCCAACCUAAUAUUUCAUGCUUGUAAAGGAAUUCAGACCAGUUCAUGGUAUAGAGGGAUUGGAUUUCGGAUGUUCCUUGCUCUGGUUUUAAUUUAAAGCCUUGUGACUGCAACUUCAUUUUCCAAAAAUGCAAAAGGAGAUCAUUUUCCACCAAUGCUUCGUAAACCCAUGAUUCACUUGACACAAAACUACUCAUUUUCUUGGAUUUUCCAUGUGAAAAUAGAAAAAAGAUGCAGAGUAUGGUUGGGGGAGGGAGGCUCAGAUUCGCCUUUUCUCAGACAGGCGAAGGAACAGGGCCGGUGGCUGCAACAGUUGCCACCGCGAAUGAACGGUCGGGAAAACCCAUCAUUCCUCGGUGACCCCAGAGGUUGCCCCGCCAAACUACAGCCUUUCCCUUCAAAGCCAGUUUCUUUUUUCAAGAUUUCAUCACAGCCUCAUUUCAAGAGAAGAAGAAGAAGAAGAAGAACAAAGCAGCGAAAGAAAUGGUGAUGAUGAUAAUGAAAAAGGAAAGGUAAAGGAAAGGAAGAGAGAAAAUCCGAUGGUUAUCUCUUCUCAGUUUGUGUCCAGAGCUAUUGAUUAUUAUUAUACUAAUCCGGCAUGCACAGAGGUGAAAUCACCGACUCCGCUGUCGAUCAGAGAAGGGAGGCAACCACCCUUGGAACCUUCAACCUUC